AUGUUUGAGGCGAAGAACUCAAGUGAAGAUAGCCCACUCAAGCUGUGUUCGCUCUUAAAAGCCCUUGAAAGACUCGGUUUUUCUGACUCGGCCAUCGCAAACACCGCGAACCUCGACCGAGUCGCGCCCGCAAGCGACGUUCUCGCCCCCGGUAUCUGUGUGCGUACGUCGGUAUUUCGUCCCCGUUGUCACACGCUCACAUUGACACAUGCACCGCAGCAGCGAAUACGAUUGAUUGUGACGGUGCUGGUUAUUCAGCACUGCCAACCAGCCGGCGAUGACCAACAUCAGCCUCAUGGCGAUCAGUAG